GCCAGACGGUCGCUUCGACCAGUGAGAGACGAGCGCUGGCGCGUGAAGCUCUCAACAUGGCGACUUUCCGGACACAAUACGGGGACUGGAGAUACGCCAGUGUUUAGGCGACAAAAUAGCAUCUCCCCGUGCCGUACAAUGUCUCGGGGCUAGCGGACGUAGCCUCUGCCUCUACGUUUUUAAUAAUGCUCGCAGAGGCCAGCCUGUCCAUGUGGGGAUGGGGAUCUCUCGGAGUGCUGCUCUUCCUCAUCACAUUUGGACCCUUUGCGAUAUUUUACUUUGCUUUUUAUGUCUUCUGCUUCCUUGGCGGAGGCUUCGCCGUUACACUUUUAUUCGGGAAGACGAACUCCGAGAAACACCUGGAGAAAUGCGAACACUCCUACCUUCCAGCCACAGCGACCGGCAUUCCCAAGACGUUAGACGAAAUGAAACUUGAAUCCAAGCCCAUCAAGAUAGACAGACGACUGACAGGUUCCAGCUUUAUCGAUGAGCCUUUGCAGCAGGUUAUUCAGUUUGCGUUGAGGGACUACAUCCAGUAUUGGUACUACACCCUGAGCGAUGAUGAAUCCUUCUUGCUGGAAAUCAGGCAGACUGUUCAAAACGCUCUCGUCCAGUUUUCCACGAGGUCGAAGGAAGUGGACUGGCAACCGUACUUCACCACCAGACUGGUAGAUGAUUUUGCCACACACCUGCGGGUCUUCCGGAUGGCCCAAGAGAGGCUGAAUGAGAAAGAGGACUCCAAACAGCGAGAGGCCCCUGAGGAGUUGCUGGAUUCAUUUUUUGAGGCGGAGGUUGAGUUGGAGAGGAAGAUCUGCCGAGAUGUUGUCUGCACCGCUCCCAAAGAUGAAGAAGGCUUUCUGAGGGACUUGUGCGAGGUGCUGCUGUAUUUGUUACUACCUCCAGGAGACUUCCACAACAAGAACAUGAGAUACUUCCUCAGGGAAAUUCUUGCAAAGGGUGUUCUACUGCCAUUGAUCAAUCAGCUGAGUGACCCAGAUUAUAUUAAUCAGUUUGUUAUAUGGAUGAUCCGUGACUCGAGCUCCAACUACGAGGCCUUCAUGACUGUCCUGAAGCUGACGGACAAGCCAUCCGAGCUCGAGGCGGUGAAGGACAAGGCCAUGGAGGAGCUGCAGUACCUCCGCUCGCUGGACACUGCCGGGGACGAUAUAAAUAUGAUAAAGAAUCAGAUAAAUAGUUUACUCUUUGUGAGAAAAGUCUGUGAAACCAGAAUUCAGAGGCUGCAGUCCGGCAAGGAAGUCGAUGCCCUGAAGCUGGCGGCCAACUUUGGGAAACUCUGCAUCAUACCUCUGGAGCACAUCUUGGUCCACAACAUCGCGCUGCAGUUCUUCAUGGACUACAUGCAGAAGAUGGGCGGCCAAGCGGAUCUGUUCUUCUGGCUGACGGUGGAGGGCUACCGGGUAACGGCCCAGCAGCAGCUGGAGGCCAUGCUGAGCUGGCAGAGAGACGGCCGCAAACAGGGCAGCCAGACCAAGGGGCUGCUCAAGGCCGCCGCCCUAGGGGUAUACGAGCAGUACCUCUCUGAGAAGGCCUCCCCCAGAGUUCAGGUGGAUGAGGCGCUGGUGGCCAAGCUGGCAGAGAAGCUGAACCAAGAGGACCCCACGCCGGAGAUAUUUGACGACAUCCAGAGACGGGUGUACGACACGAUGCUACGCGACGAGCGUUUCUACCCGUCCUUCCGGCAACAUCCCCUGUACGUGCGGAUGCUGGCUGAGCUGGACAUGCUGAAGGAGCCCAGCUUCCGGGGCUCCGACGAUGGGGAGGGAGAAUCGUUCAAUGGCUCUCCGACGGGGAGCAUAAACUUGUCUCUGGACGACCUCUCGUCCGCAAGCUCUGAGGAGGCUUUCCAGCUGCACGCGUUCAUCUCCGACACCGCUUUAGUACCUGAUACUUUUUUAACCCAACUUCCCGUGGCAGGCGUGUGUAAUGACCACGGGAAGACCUACGCUCUGUACGCCAUCACUGUGUUCCGGAAGAAUCCGGACGGGAGCGAGGACUGCUGGAAGACCUACCGUCGCUAUAGCGACUUUCACGACUUCCACAUGCGCAUCACUGAGCAGUUCACGAAUCUCUCAGCCAUCCUGAAGCUUCCGGGGAAGAAGACCUUCAACAACAUGGACAGGGACUUCCUGGAGAAGAGGAAGAAGGACCUCAAUGCCUACCUCCAGCUGUUGCUGAACCCAGAGAUGGUGAAGGCAUGCCCCACCCUCACGCCGUACGUGAACGACUUCCUGGAAAACAAGGCCUAUAGCAAGGGCAAGGGGGAGUUUGCGCGAAAGAUGGACGUUUUUGUGAACCCGUUGCGCAGCUCCAUGCGAAACGUGUCCAACGCCGUGAAGUCUCUGCCCGACAGCCUGGCGGAGGGCAUGACCAAGGUGUCCGACAACAUGGGCCGCAUGUCCGAGAGGCUCGGCCAGGACAUCAAGCAGUCCAUAUUCAAGGUGCCGCCUUUGAUGGCAAAGUCAGACAUCGACCCCGAACACUUCCGCAUCUCAGCCCAACUGGACGACAACGUGGACGACAAUAUUCCUCUGCGUGUGAUGCUACUGCUGAUGGACGAGGUUUUCGACCUGAAGGAGAGGAAUCAGUGGCUGAGGAGGAACAUCAAGAACCUGCUGCAGCAGCUCAUCCGUGCCACCUACGGGGACACCAUCAAUAGGAAAAUCGUGGAUCAUGUAGAUUUCAUGACAUCCCCAGAGCAGGUGGCCGACUACGUGAAGCGAUUUAGGGACUCCUACUGGCCUAACGGGAUCCUGGCAGAGACUCCGCCGCGGAGGGACAAGAGCAUCCGCAUGAAGACGAGAGUGGCUGCCAAAACCAGCCUGCUGGGGAUUAUGCCAGACGAGCUGAAGCACAUCAUCGGGGCUGACACCACGCGCAAAGGCAUCCUGCGGGUCUUUGAGAUGUUCCAGCACCAGCAGCUGAACCGCCGCCUGGUCUACGUGUCCUUAGAGGGCUUCCUGGAGACCAUGUUCCCACAGUACAAGUUCCCCGAGCUCUUCGUCAAGCUGUACUCGCGCUCCGAGCGCACGCUCAAAUACUCCAAGAGACUCAAGACGGCACAGAAGAGGUGACACCCCACCCCCCAACACCACCAUCACCUGCAGCGCGGGCCGUGCUGCCUCCUGAUCGACAGGUCAAAGCUUUGGCGACACGGGAGACGGGGGGGAGGGGUUGGGCAUUCGAAAAUCAGCUUUGCAGACCGUGUGUGGACUUACACCGCCCAGCCCCCCCCUCCCCUCCCACUUGCCCCAUCACUUAGUUGCGGGCACUAUACCAAUGUGGUUGUAGCAUAGAAAUAGUUUUAUCCCUAUGAAGAAGUAUUGAACACUAAACAUGCAUACCACUGAGAGACAUGUGGUGCUUAACACACAUCAACGGCAUCCAGUACUUAUUUCAGUUUUAUUAUCAUUUUAAUGAUUGUGAGAAUGAGGGAUUCCUCCCAUUUGGAAUUCGUGUUAAGAUGCCCGAACGUUUUUCAUCAUCAACGUGCACCAUACACAGAUACUGUGUACUUUUAAGGAGCUCGAUGAAUAGAGCGGUAGCAGAGAUGUUCGCGUCCCGCCGGCUUUGAGGCAGGGGUACAAGCUAAAGGCUAGAGGUCUUCAGUCUUAGACGCAACUUAGAUUGUGCUUCGCCAACUUGUAGUACAUGAAGAGUUCGCGACGGCAAAAAAUACGGCUGGCGGUGUGACAGUGUGACGUUCUUUAGUGCUUCGUUAGGAAUUUUUUUUUUUCUCGGGGGAGAGCCGACAGGAGAAGUCACCGUCUUCAGAGUUUGCACCCCCAUCUGUGAAGCUCCUCCCUCCCCCCCCCCAGUUCUGCCAUGGACCAAGCGAUGGCUGGGGUUCCUCCUCCUCUGUGCAUCGCACGUUGGGCAAAAUGCACACAGCUGCUCAUCUUGGGCCCUUCCGGGGGGGCGUGUGGAGGGGGGGGCGUGGAUUUAAGAGAAAGGUGACUGUGAAACCGUUUUGAUUGUCUGUCCAGGCUGGUGGGCCAUGUUUCCGUUCGUAUGGAGCACACCAAGGCGUACGGUCCAGAACAAAACCUUCUCCAAGGACCGUCUGGUUUAACCCCACGCAAGUCUGCUCCUUUGUGAAGACUGGAUAUGUUGGGUUUUUUUUUUUUUGUUUUAAACUUUUUUUUUUCUCCUUAAUUUUAGAAAUGUGUAGCACUAAAAUGCAACCCUCUCAAGUCAGAAAACUGUGCCACUGUAUGAUAGAGAAUCAGCCUUAAUAUUUAACAAAUGACCAACAGAGGAGCGGCAGCAGUGGCCCUCACUGGCAGUUGACAAGCUGCAUUUAUAGGAUUAUAAUUGAUUUCUGAAAAAUAUCCAAACUUAAUCAUUGCGUCAUAGAAUAUGUAAUUCUGUGCAAUAUUUUUCUUUAAUGCAUGUGUAUUUGAGAAAUUGUAUAUUGAAAGCCGUUAUUGUACUGAAAUGUUGAAAGAACCUGAAAAGAUGGGUCUUCUGCACCCAACUCGCAUUCUGUUAUUUUAUCAUUUUAUUUAAGGACUUGUUUUAUAAGUCUUUUUUUUUUCCACUCCUCCGUAGUCUAACGUUCGUUGACGAUGGGCACUGUUCAGCUGAGCAUGGCUUUCAAUCAGCAAGCAGGACUGCAAGAACACAUGGCAAAGCCCCCUAAUGUGUUGUCAGCGUAGACGCAUAUACAUGGAGGUGACGCGGAUGCGUUUCACAAUAUAUCCGGUCGUAUCUGCAAACCAUGACAGAAGGGGCAACACAGAGCCCCUGGCCUGCACACCAAGGUUUAUUAUGAAACCCAGGUGACUGCGGGCCAUUGGUGUCCGGCGGUGGAAAGUAUCUUUAAACGCUGUGUAAUUUUGUGUAACGAAAAGCGCUUCGUUAGUGAUGUGGAGCGACAGCAUUUUGGUUGUCCUGUUAGACACAGCCAAGAUGAGAGGCAGAUGUUACUGACAGAGCCGUCCUCCAGAGGGCGCUGCUGCGGCAUCGGCCGGCCCAAGGUUCCCUGAAGCUUUGUUGCACCAUCUGGCCUGGCUUGGGCCCACUUGUAAUAGUCUUUCAAUUACGCGGCGUCUGUAGCUAAUGAGUUUAGCAGGGCUGCACUUCCUUUCCCGACCUUGUACUUGCACUCUGGGAGAGUGAGUAAAGGUGCCCCCCCCCCGCGGAAUAUACACACCUGCAUUUUUUUAUUUUCUAUUUUCUGUCCUCCUCCCCAUGAUACAGAGCUUUUUAAGUCGCCCUGUACAUAUGAAUCUAUGAUCAUGAGUUAUGCAUAUCAGCUUACAGUGUGUCAACAGUCUGCCUAAAUAUACUGUCAAUUCUAUUUUCUUAUUUUUCUUUAACGGAUAAAGUCAGAAUGUCAUGAUCAUUUUUAAUAGACUGAAAAAAGAACUCUAAAAGCCAUUUAGAGUGUGUUUGCAUUAUGCUAAUAAAUUGUUCAUUUGAGCAGCUGAAGUCAACAUAACACUAAUAAAAUGUUAACUCUA